AAGCAUGAACACACCAAGUGUAGUUACAUCCAUGGUCAUUCUCAUGGCUUGAGGAUACAUGUCUGUUAAAGCCCAGUGAAGAACCAUUAAGAACUCACAGCAAGAUUGGAAAUGAGAAGAGAUCCUGCUUUAAGCCUCAUGCACGCCAUUCACUAUGGAAACAGACAUCACCAAAGCAACUCGAGCAUUGUCAUCUGAAGUGGAAGCUAAGAGGGUAAAGAUGAAGUUGCCUGUAUCCGGGGAUGUAAAAGAGGAAACUGAGGAGGAAAAUGUGGAGGAGGAAGAAAACCAGGAAGCCAAGGUGUUUCUGAAUCCUGUUAUUGAAGACCUAAGCAUGGAACUGGCCAGAAAGUGCACCGAGCUCAUUAGUGACAUCCAUUACAAAGAAGAGUACAAAAAGUCUAAGGACAAGUGUACCUUUGUGACUGAUACCCCUAUGCUAAACCAUGUCAAAAAUAUUGGUGCUUUUAUUUCUGAGGCAAAAUACAAAGGUAACACUAAAGCUGAUCUUUCCAAUUGUCUGUAUAAGGACAUGCCUGCCACCAUUGACAGUGUCUUUGCAAGAGAAGUAUCCCAGCUUCAGAGUGAGGUUGUCUACAAGCAGAAGCAUGAGGCUGAGAAAGGCUUCUCCGAUUAUACCCACAUGAAGGAACCACCGGAGGUGAGACGCGCCAUGGAGGUCAACAGGCACCAGAGUAAUAUUUCUUACAGAAAAGAUGUGCAAGGCACCCACACAUAUACAGCGGAGCUGGACAGACCGGAUAUCAAGAAGGCAACUCAGAUCUCCAAGAUCAUAAGCGAUGCAGAAUACAAGAAAGGGCAAGGCAUAGUGAAUAAAGAACCUUCUGUAAUUGGAAGACCAGAUUUUGAACAUGCCGUGGGAGCUUCUAAACUUUCUAGUCAGGUUAAAUAUAAAGAAAAAUUUGAUAAUGAAAUGAAAGAAAAAAGCCACCAUUACAACCCUCUGGGAAGUGCAUCUUUUAGGCAACACCAGUUCGCUACUGUCCUGGCAAGUGAUGUGAAGUACAAGAAAGACAUUCAAGCCAUGCACAAGCCAGUUUCAGAUCUCCCAAAUUUGUUGUUUUUAGACCAUGCUCUGAAAGCCAGCAAAAUGCUCAGCGGAUGGGAAUAUAAAAGGAAUUUUGAAGAAAACAAAGGAUUGUAUCACUUUGAUUCGGAGGCCCCUGAACACCUACACCAUAAAGGAAACGCCACCCUCCAGAGUCAGGUAAAAUACAGAGAAGAAUAUGAGAAAAAUAAGGGGAAGUCCAUGCUUGAGUUUGUUGAGACACCAUCAUAUCAAUCUUCAAAGGAGGCUCAGAAGAUGCAGAGUGAGAAAGUUUACAAAGAAGAUUUUGAGAAGGAGAUUAAAGGAAGGUCCUCACUGGAUUUAGACAAGACACCUGCAUUUCUUCAUGUAAAGCAUAUCACCAACCUGAUGAGGGAGAAAGAAUAUAAAAAAGAUUUGGAAAAUGAAAUCAGAGGGAAAGGAAUGGAACUCAGCUCGGAAGUUCUUGACAUUCAGAGAGCAAGGCGAGCAUCUGAAAUGGCCAGCGAGAAAGAAUACAAAAAGGAUCUGGAGUUGGAAAUUAAAGGCAAGGGAAUGCAAAUUGACACUGAUACACUUGAAAUACAACGUGCCAAAAGAGCUGCCAAGAUAGCCAGCGAGAAAGACUACAAAAGAGAUUUGGAGACAGAAAUUAAAGGAAAAGGGAUGCGGGUCAGCACAGACACUCUGGAUGUUCAGAGAGCUAAGAGGGCAUCUGAGAUGGCCAGCCAGAAGCAAUAUAAGAAAGACUUGGAGAAUGAAAUUAAGGGGAGAGGAAUGCAAGUGAACAUGGAUAUCCCAGAUAUGCUUCGAGCCAAGAGGGCAUCUGAAAUCUACAGUCAGAAAAAGUAUAAAGAUGAAGCUGAGAAAAUGCUUUCCAACUACUCCACAGUGGCAGUCACUCCUGAGAUUCAGAGAAUCAAGACGACACAGCAAAAUAUUAGCAACGUAUCUUAUAAGGAAGAAGUAGGAGCUGGCACAGCUGUAAGAAAUACCCCAGAGAUUGAACGAGUGAAGAAAAACCAGCACAAUAUUAGCUCAUUCCAGUAUAAAGAGCAAACCUACAAGGCCACUCCGGUAACCAUGACCCCAGAGAUAGAGAGGGUGAAGAGGAACCAGGAGCAACUGAGUGCGGUCAAAUACAAAGGAGAGCUAAAACAGGCAACUUCCAUUUCUGAUCUGCCAGAGCUGAAAAGAGUGAAAGAAAACCAGAAGAAUAUCAGCAAUGUUUAUUAUAAAGGUCAACUGGGAAGGGCUACAGCUUUGAGUGUAACUCCCGAAAUGGAAAGAGUAAAGAAGAAUCAAGAAAAUAUCAGCUCGGUGAAAUACACUCAGGACCAUAAACAAAUGAAAGGUAGACCGUGUCUGAUCUUAGAUACGCCUGCUUUGAGACAUGUUAAAGAAGCACAAAAUCAUGCUUCCAUGGUCAAAUAUCAUGAAGAUUUUGAGAAGACAAAGGGAAGAGGCUUCACUCCUGUUGUGGAUGAUCCUGUGACGGAGCGGGUGAGGAAGAACACCCAGGUUGUGAGUGAUGCUGCCUAUAAAGGUGUCCAGCCACAUGUUGUAGAGAUGGACAGAAGACCUGGGAUCAUUGUUGACCUUAAAGUUUGGCGUACAGAUCCUGGCUCCAUCUUCGACAUUGACCCCCUGGAGGACAAUAUUCAGUCCCGAAGUCUUCAUAUGCUCUCUGAAAAGGCAAGUCAGUACCGGAGACGCCUGUCUCACUCACAUUCCGGCAGCACAUUUGGUACAGGUCUGGGAGAUGACAAGUCAGAGACCUCCGAGCUCUGCCCUAGCUUUCCAUGCUGCAGUGAGGUCACAAGACCAUCUGAUGAAGGAGCACCUGUCCUUCCUGGAGCUUACCAGCAGAGUCAUUCCCAAGGCUAUGGGUACAUGCACCAGACCAGCGUGUCAUCCAUGCGGUCAAUGCAGCAUUCAGCAAACCUAAGGACCUACCGUGCCAUGUACGACUAUAGUGCCCAGGAUGAAGAUGAGGUCUCCUUCCGAGAUGGUGACUACAUUGUCAACGUGCAGCCCAUUGAUGAUGGCUGGAUGUACGGCACUGUGCAGAGAACCGGGAGAACGGGCAUGCUCCCAGCAAAUUACAUUGAGUUUGUGAAUUAAUUCUUUCUCCUUGCCCUUUGAGCUUUAUUAUGAUGUAUUCCAAACUCAAUCUUUUUAAAAGAUAGAUGAUACUUUUCAGAUAACUUGGCAAUUAUUUUACAAUAAUGUAUCCUUACUUUGACAAUUAGACACACAGGUACCAGGAAAAAGGAAUUGACUUUCAGGCUGGAAAUGGCAGCAUCCAUAGUUAUUCCUGUAAACAAAACCAUUAGGUCUGGAGACCUGGUGCUGCUAAUUGUGUUUGUGGUUUCAUUCAAUUGGCUAGUCAACCCUCCCAGGAAAUGUAUUUUUGUAGACUUUAAUAGAGAUGUUGAUUGUCCCUUAAGUGUAACAAACAUAUGAAACUUCUUAGCUGUCACUUGGAAUCAUCCAUAGCUAAUUCUCAUAGUCCAGCAACACAUCCAAUAAUUUAAAAACUGUUCAGCUUUUAAAUCAUUGGAUAAUUUUCUAUUCAAGUGAGAAUUGCCUAAUAUAAUAAAUAAAUGGAAGCAGUGGCAGAAUGAGUCUGGUUAAAAGCAUAUUGACUGUAGCCUUAGGGAGUCAACAGGGAGCUUACCCCUUCCCUAGGCUGAGCAGGAGCUAGUUAUCUCUCAUGUGCUUCAUGGUGUAGCCUAUCUCCAUUUAUGUUCUGUGGAGCAGUGCAUCUGCUCAGGUCCCCAGAAUAUCAGGACCAGGUAACUUCCCAGCUUCUCUGCAAAGGGUAAAAUCCAAUGUCAUCUGUAUUAUUUCCCCAGUAGCCUCUAUCCUGUUGCAUGUCUUGUGGGCUUGAGCUUCUGUAACAUGGCAGCUGCUUGCCCAUCCUUGUUACUAAAGUCAACCGUAUGGCCACUUUCUUCCUGCCCUUCUUCUAGUUGCCCGCUCAUUGGAAAACAUUUUGAAAAGUUGCUUGAGGCUUUCUUGCUGCAUUACACUCUAGUUUUGAAAGACUCACGCCCUAGGAACUACAUAUAUACUCUAAUAAAUAGGAGACUUAUGUAUUUACUGUAUAGCUUUCACUCACUUAAUGCCACCAUUGAUUUAAAAGUGGAGUGAAUUGAACAGCCUCCACUAUAAGAGGAAAUGAACUAUAAAGUAGCUGAAAACCAAAAACACAGAACAGCAAAAGUUUGCUCACAAUUAGACAAUCUGGUCUUAUAAUUUGGCAGUCAGUCUUCAGAUGCUGGGAUAGAAAUCUGGCCAUUAAAUAUGUUCAUAAAAAGGCUUCCUUUCCUCAUUCCUGUUUUUGUUUUCUAAGUCACUGUCAUGAUUAGAUUAAAAAAAAGUCAUCAGUGAUUUUUUUUUGGGGGGGGGGUCCAACAGAUAAUCCACUAAGAAAGAAAUCAGUGUCCUGUUUUGAGUGAGUAUGCAGGACUCACACACUUGUGAGUGUGUCUUAAACUUGUCUGGAAUCUGCAGUUGAGGUUACCUGGACGUUGACAUUUAUUGCAACUGUUUUUCUCAUAGUGCCUCUUACUGUGACUUGCAGCUGGGUGACAUUCUUGUGGGUUCUAAAAAUGAAGAGAGCCAAGUCACAAAGAUGUAAGAGGAUACUGGGACUGUGGGAAUAUGUACUUUACACAAUAUGCUUAAAGAAAUAAACAAAGCAUCCACAACAAAAACCAUUUGAAUGAAAUGUUUAUAAGGCCAAAGCCCAGCGUUGGUUCAUGUAAAUCUUUGGAAAGUGAGCCCAUACUUUUGAAAACCAUUAGUUUUCUUAGAUUUGCCUUAAAGAAAAGUUUUAUCACACUAAGCUGUAUUUCUGUGACACAGAUAGAAAAUUGAAAAGGAAAAUUCUGUAAAUAACUAGAGAUUUUUCUGGAAAGGUUGUUUUUAUAGAUUCAUAAUUAAAUAGCUUACCUAAUUUCAUGUAAUUUAAGUAACCAGUCAUUACUAACUUUCCUAACUGCUUUUAUGUCUUGAACACACACAUACAAAGAUAAACUGCACUUGAAAUAAUUUGCAAAAAUCUUACCCUAAAAACAAGUGUGAUGAGUUGGUUCAAUUAUGUGAUAUGUCUUUUAUGCUUUCCCAGGCAGACUGUUUGUGUGUGUGUGUGUGUGUGUGUGUGUGUGUGUGUGUGUGUGUGUGACUAUUCUUUUUAAAAGUAGUCAUUAAUUAAAAUGUCAGGAUAAAUUCAGGGCAGGUAUGAUUUUGAUCAUAGUAUAUGUGCAGGAAUCUCAACAGAAGCCGACUUUGAAAUGAUGCUUAACAUUUGCUUGUCCCCACAAAGUAGUGGCUCUAUGGUCCAUGUUUUUGCCACUCAUUAAUUUCAAAGUCAGACUUGAUGAGUGUGAGUGUCAGUAUAUAUUUAGGAAAUAGCCGUUCUAAAUAUUGAGCUUUGCAUAAUGUUUGCUUAGCAAGAUAUUUCUGUUUCAAGUCUUUCAGAAUUAAGAUGUGAUCUGGAGCCAGCAGCGUUGGCUCAUGCCUUUAAUCCCAGCACUUGGGAGUCAGAGGCAGGCGGAUUUCUGAGUUCGAGGCUAGCUAGGUCUACAGAGUAAGUUCCAGGACAGCCAGUUUUCCAUACAGACCAAGGCAGAGCAAUAUAUGGCAUGCUUUCGAGAUUAUGAAUCAAGCCUAGAUGUGUCAUAGCCAGGUGCCAUCUUUUGCAGCAUCUUUUUAAAAAAUACUAUAUUCUUAGCACCGUUUUUGCUUUCCACAUGCCUCCCUCCCAUGUGCAGUUUGGCAGCCAGUAUGUAACAUGUAACAUUGACAGCAAUCGAAGAAUUUAAGAACAAGCCCCUUAGAAAUUGGAGCCAAAGGAAACUAAAUGCCAAGCACAGAGAGCAUGCACCUCUUCCUAUCUGAGGGAUUCCAAGCUCGCCAGAAGCACAAGAAGCUGCUUGAUACACUUCUCAAAGUCUCUGAAAACAAAUGUAUUUGGUUCAUAUUCCUCUUGAGAAAAGUUUAGAAACUUGAUAUAAUGCUUUUGCUAUAAGCUUUUGUAGUAGCUUUAAGAAAAAACAUUUCUUGUUCUCUAGAAAGCUUUCUCUUUCUAACCUGUGACCAAAUAUCUUCAUAUCUUCAUUUUGCUUGCACAUCUGAAGCACAGCCCAGUUUGCAGCUUUGAUCUGGUGUUCAUUUUCAAUGGAGGUUCUGCCUCUUCCCAUGUCUCCCAGCCUCCACACAGCACCCAGGAAUGUCUAAGCACAAUUUCCACAAGCAUCUUGUAAGGGGGGUGGGUAAGACUAGUCCAGUUUCUCUCUUGCCACUAGGCCCUUUGCUUGAAGAUGAUGAAGAUGUUUUUAGUUACAAAUCUUCUCAAUAACAUUAUAACACUCUAGGAAUUAGGGGAAAACCUUUUCCAUAAUUGAGAGCAAGUGACACACCUACUUUUCAGGUUCAUCCACCUCCAGUGGAAUGCUUUCAGUCAAAUGAGAAAGAAAAUAUAUGUGAUCUUUAAUAAUACAGCCCUAUAUUCAGCAAAUGCAGUUUAUACUAAAGUUACAAUAUAAAUAUAUACAAAAUAGGUGCCUUUUUGAUUAUGCUUGUUAAUCAUUAUGGUCUUGGAAAGGAAACCAAGCAAGCAAGCUUCUGCAUAUUCUAUAAUAAUAUUUUAUGAUACAUGAUCAAUAUUUUUGUGGUGAGAAGUGGGAUACCCUUGAAAGAAAGAUACUACAGGUGGUAGCUGGUUGUAUUUUCCUUCUAAAGGUUUAUAAUACUAGAAAAUGCUGACUUAUUCAAUUUUCUGAAAAGUUGUUUUUUUGUGGGUUUAUAUAUAGUUGAGAUAUGUAAGCAUUAAGUUUAGGUUUGGGGUUUAAAAUAAUUAUGGUGAGAUAGAUUAGUUAUAUUAUGAGGCUGAAUUCACUGCAUAAUUGAACUUUAUGACCUGAUUAUAUUUUAACUGUUUGCCUAUGAUAAUCUGUUUGUGGCUUGUGUUGCACUGAUAAUCUGAAUUAUCAUUGCAUUGUAUGGGGUAAUAAAACAUGAUGAUAGAGCUUCAGUUAAGCAGGAAGCUAUGUAAACCUUUAAAGAUGCUAAAAAUGAAAGUCUUUCUGAAAUAUUCCAUGCUCCUAAGGACCCUUGUCCAGGCGAGUGGCUGUCAAUAACUGAUGACCAAAAAAGUCAAGAUGUGUGAAACUUCUGUGGUCAUCAUGCCAGGAUGUGUAAGACCACUAGAAUCCUCAUGCCUGGAAAGUUCUCUGAGCAAACAUCCUCCCAGUUGUCUGUAACUUCAGUUAUCUACGGGAGCUCCCCACGCUUAUUGUGUCUGGUGUAUUGUAUCCUGGUUGCAUAGCACACACAUCACUGUUGUCAAUUAUUGAUUGUUAAAGAUGAUUUCCUUUAAAGGAAAGAGAAAACUGCAUCACAGCAUCCUUCCUUCUUGUCCAUACAAUGAAUUGCUGAACAUUUUGGAAGUUGCAACAAGUGUGUAACAGGCAUGAUAUUUGUGGAACUGUUGGUUUCUGACCUGUGAUAAAAACACAAAUUUGAAUGAUGUAGUUUGGCUUCUGUUUGCUUUGAAAUAUGCACAGGUGUGGUUUGUGAUUAAUUUGUAAAAUUGUACUAAGUUUGAGAACAUAAUGAUUUUGAAAGAAACACUAAAUGUUUUUCCCCCCAAUGGAAGGGUAUCACAGAAUGAUAUAAGGUUGAUAGUAUAAUUUGACUUUUUUUAUGCAAGUUGUGAACACCAGCUAUUAAAAUAUAUUUUAGUAGAAAUGCUUUAAUUCAUGUCGUUUUCCUAUACACUGUGAAUCUUAAGCCUUGGUGGACCAGAGACACAUUGUGAUGUCCAAAGGACUAACCUAUGCAAAUGAGUUCACAUCUUAUAUUGAUGUCACAAUAAACAUGUGAGAAGGCAUUAUUUCUCCUCAUAAUAUACAGCAGUAUUGAAAUAACAAGGGAAGCCAAGCCUCCCAUGCAGUGCACUGUAGUCCUUCACAAUCCCUUCAAGGCUACCGAAAUCAUUAGCAUUUAUGUAAAUUAGACUGAUAUCAAUUGAAGCGACUUGAAUGAUUCCGGACAGAAAAUGAGAGACAAGCGUCUUGGCUGGAUUUCAUAGAACUAUGUUCUCACACACUCUGUUCAGGGUCUUGGUAUUCUGUGUCUUCUAUCUGUAUUUGUAAAGCCUUAUGAUGAAUUGAUUUCCUAUCAACACACUCGGUUUGCUUAAAUAAAUUCAGGAUGUAACACAAUGGUUCUACUGUCUUUGUUGUCACGUGGCUCCUAGGAGACCAGGUCAUUGGAGGCAUGCAGCACAGUGGGCAUUCCUACUGAUGGCUCACAUGCAGGCAUAGCAAAGGCUCAUGAAGACAUAGUAUAUUUAUUUUUAAGUGCUGUGGAGAAUGUGUUUUCUUCCAUGAAACUAAGACACUUUUAAGAAAUAAUUAUAAACUUUUAAAUCUUUUUGAUGUUUAUACCCAAGUAUUGUUGGGACGCAUCCUAGUAGCUAACUUUUUUUCAAAACUGAAGUCUUCACUGGCCUGGUGUUAGUUUUCUUGUAUUUGAAAGAUGAAAGUAGCAACAGAAGCACCUUGGAGGAGGGAAAAGGGUACAGAUUGAUACUCUGAUCUUUCAUCAAAGAAUGUCUAUCACAGAACAUAAUUGCUUCUUUUCUCAUGUCACUGUGUCACAGAAGGUAAUUGCUUCUUUCCUCAUGGUUUUCUCAUAACCGAAAAGAGAGGUAGUUCCAAUUUUUACCCUCAUCUACACUUCAGUAAAUUGGAUCUUGUCUUUAUUGUGUGAUUUUGUAAAAAAUCUCUGGCAUAAUCUUUCCAAACUAUAAACUGAUAAAUCUAGUAGACUGACACACACAUUUAAAACAGGUCAAUGGAGAAGCUUUGCAAAUGACAUUUGUUAAUAGAGUAAACACUUCUACCAAAUCUUGAUUGUUCUGUUUUUUUCAUAUUCUGUAAGUUUGUGUUGAAUAUCUGUGGUAUUAUGAAUCAAACAUACUCAUGGUUUUUGAAAUUAUAAAGUAAACAACACAGGUAUUUAUUCACGUGAAGAACUUACUAUUCCUUCCUUCUUCCAAGACUUUUUUUCAUUUCAUGAUUAUAACUGUACAUUUGAAAUCUGGGCCAUAAAAGAAAUGAGUAAU